AUGCUUAUCUUCCAAGACCCAAACUCAAGCUUUGACAGGACCCUCUUGUUGAAUCUGCGCCUCUAUCAGAUCCUGUUCAACAUUAACAGGGGGACUGCUGUUGAAAGAGUUACAGAGGCUGUUGCAGAGAUGGAGCUAACAGAUGGAGCUGCUGACACAUUUGAAGAGGACUUUUUUGACUCAAACAGCACUCAUAGUAGUAUGCCUCGCCUUGCAACACUAUUGGAGCAGUCAGACUCCGACUUCUGA